AGCGGAAGACGCAGGAGAAGAAGUUGGGGCUACACGGACCAACACUUGCCCGAAAUUCAGAAGAACCUCGUGGGUCUCAAACUCUGGUGAAGAACUUCCCCGCCUCGUGGGUUCGACUUACGAGUGACACUGCUUUUUGUUGCGGUUGAUCCUUGGGUUUUGUCACACUCUCUGUGUGACGUCAUGGAGCGAUUGGACAUAAUCGAACCAGGGCAGUUUGAUGACGUCGAUGAAAACAGUCAAUCUGACGAGGCCGUCGUGAGUCAGGAGGUGGAGGACAACACACAGCAGUCAGAUGAUUUUGUGCAGGAUCAGUACCUGUCUGAUGAAGAUGACGACGAUGAAGAUGAUGAUGAGGAGUGGACGUGGCCUUCAGGAGGAGGAGACCUAACUAAACGAUAUAUACAGAGUGGUUCUUCUCAGGCAAACAGACAAAAUCCUUUAAAUCAGAAUCAAGAUAAGAGUCUGCGUCGAUAUGAGCACAAGAUACAUUUAGGACGCCUCAACCUCGAGGACUCUGUGAUCAAUAAAGUGACCACGAUGCAGAAGCAGAGAGACGCAGACACGUUACGGGUCAAGGACAAGUCCGACAGAGCCACAGUGGAGCAGGUUCUGGAUCCUCGCACGCGAAUGAUUCUCUUCAAGAUGUUGAGUCGCGGGCUCAUCGCUGAAAUUAACGGCUGCAUCAGCACAGGCAAAGAGGCCAACGUGUAUCACUGCCUCACGUCCUCAGGCGACAGUCGGGCCAUCAAGAUCUACAAGACUUCCAUCCUGCACUUCAAAGACCGGGACCGAUACGUCAGCGGCGAGUUCAGGUUUCGGCGUGGAUAUUGUAAAGGAAACCCUCGCAAGAUGGUGAGAACCUGGGCCGAAAAAGAGAUGAGGAACCUUAUUAGGUUGCAGACAGCAGGGAUUCCUAGUCCGGAGCCGGUUCUGCUCAGAAGCCACGUUCUGCUGAUGAAUUUUAUCGGAAAAGAUCAAACACCUGCUCCUCUGCUGAAGAACGCGGUUCUAUCUGAGGCGAAGGCACGUCAGCUGUACCUGGAGGUUGUGGACCUCAUGAGACGAAUGUUCCAGGACGCCCGGCUGGUCCACGCAGACUUGAGCGAGUUCAACAUGCUGUAUCACGAUGGAAGCGCUUACAUCAUCGAUGUGUCCCAGUCGGUGGAACACGAUCAUCCUCACGCUCUGGAGUUUCUGAGGAAGGACUGCAGCAAUGUCAACGAUUUUUUUGCUAAACGUGGCGUUGCUGUGAUGACAGUGCGAGAACUCUUUGACUUCAUCACAGACUCUUCUAUCACUCAGCAGAACCAGGACCAGUACCUGGAGAAGGUUCUGAACUUCCAGUCCCAUAGUGUGUGUGUGAGGUGUUCAAUCACUGGUGUUGAUGUUGUGUUUCUGGUCCAGAUGAUGGUCCUUGCGGCUCAACGAACCUCAGAGCAGCGGUCGGCUCAGGAUGGCGUCGACGAAGAGGUGUUCAAGAAGGUCUUCAUUCCCCGAACUCUGACUGAUGUGACUCACUACGAGAGAGACGUGGAGCUGAUGCAGUCCAGAGCCAGAGAGCAGUCUUCACCUGACCAGCCUCAUCUGAAAUCCAGAGAACAGGAUGACAACGUUUUGUACCAGACAGUUGUUGGGCUGAAGCAAAAUCUGACUGGAGUUCAGACGGUGCCAGCUCUGUUGGAGGGUGUGUCGUCGUCAAGCUCAGAGUCGUCAGAUGAUGAUGAUGAUGAUGAUGAUGGUGGUGAUGGUGACAGCGGCGAUGUCAAAAAUAGCGAACAGGUGAAAGACAACGUCACAGACAAAAAGGAGAGGAAGAAGCAAGUUAAAGAAGCCCAGAGAGAAAAGAGGAAGAAUAAAGUUCCCAAACAUGUGAAGAAGAGGAAGGAGAAGGUUGCUAAGAUGAAGAAGGGACGAUGAUCACGGCUGUCAAGCAGCACCUCUCCAAAAACUCAACCAAAGAGGUUGAGCAGUGUGAAUGGUUGUCCAGCUGUGGCACUACAUCAUCAGAACCUCAGUUACUGAGCUGGACAUGGGCUGAGCUAUGGAGCGACCACGGAAGAGCCAAUAUAUGGAGGGCAGAGCCUGAAAAAUAUAAUGUUGUAAAAGCUGUAUGACCUUAAAUAUAGUCAUAUUGUCAUUCUGGGGUCUGACAUUACCAAAUAAAAGCAAUA